GUUGUCGCCCCACUCCGCUGUUAUAAAGGGGGGCUGUGCUUAUACAGCGGUCAGUUUGCAAUCUGUAAGGUGAACGAGCACAGUGCAAUAAAAAUAAAAUGAAGGCGUUUUCUCUGUUCGUCUUUGCGGUACUUCUGGUGGCCGUGUCUUGCCGGCCCGAUAAAACAGAUCUGAAGCAGCUAAAGGCUGAAGCCGCUCGCAAGAAGGCCUGCAUGCAGGACUGCACUAGUGUGAAGGUUGAACCGCUCUGUGCUGGCAAGAAUGGAGCCAAGUCACUGUCUUUCGGCAGUGAAUGUGUCCUGCACAACUACAAUUGCGAGCAUAAAGAGAAUUUCAAGAUGAUCAGCAACGGUCAGUGCCCCGGCUCUGAUGGUAUCCGUCUCUCGUAAAUUCGAUAAAGUCUUCGACGCCAAGAUUUACUGAAGAUAUUGUUAUCUCUUUUUCUCACAUUCAUUAUUUUUAUAAUGUUUUUUUUUUUUUAUUAUAACCUAGAAAUAUAGGCCGUCAUUGGCGCGCACAUAUAUUUUUUAAUUUGAUAUAUGCAGUAAUAUUAUGCGUAGUAUUUUCACUAAUGUUUACUGAUUUAGAAGAGAAGAUUUUACUAAUUUCUUUUUUCUCUUUUUUUCAAUUUUAGUUUUAAUAUUUCGAGAAGUUGUUUCUCACUUAUAACCCACUUUUCAAAGAAGCUGUGAUGUUUAAUUUAGAUAAACUUAGAAUUAUACAGUCAUUAUCAUGACAAUCAAGUUAUUAUUUUACACGCUACAAUGUGUUUUUUUAAUUAUGUUUCCUUCAAUUUAAAUGGUCAAUUAAAUGCUUUUGUAUGAUUAUAUUUA